AUUUUCCAUUGCCAAAAGUCCAGAAAUGUGCCAAAAUAAAUCCUCACAGAAGUAUUUUUGGUACCCCGGAAAUCACCUGCCAGGUCAUGGUUUACCAUUGUCCCACCGUGAGAUGAACUGAUCAACAUCUGGAAUUGUGGCAACAAAUUCCACACUUUUCAUGGUCUCUUGCGUGCUCCCAAAUUGCAAUAGAGAGGUUGCCGUGUAUCACACAACAAGCAAAAGCCCCGUCUGUAUUGUCAUAGGACGGCGGGAUCCUCAACUGCGUUCCACCGCCCUCCUCCCACCAAAGAUGCCAUUUGAAAGCCAAUUAGCACGUGGAAGCCACGGGAAGUGAAGCCAAGGCAAAAGCACUGAUGAAAAUAAGGAUUUCAGAUGUGUCCCAUGCCAAGGUCGAGUGGCCCCGCAUUCCCACAAUGGAUCCCAGAAGUCCAAGCGUCAACGACGGGGGAGGACAACACCCCAGGCGGUCAUCGCAGGACGACGGGAGCCUGCAGCCACAGCCUUUGCAAGCCCACGAUAGCAUGCCAGAAACUUGGUUUUCUCCAGCCAUGCUGGCAUUGGAACAGUUAAGGAUAACUGGGAACCACAAUGAGUACACAGAAGGACCCACAAUUGCCCAACGGUCUCUGGUGUCACAGCACAGGCUCAAGAAGGGUGACGGUGACCCAGUUACAAUGCCUGUAUCCAGCAUUCAGCAGGAGACUCAGCAAGAGGGGCCCUGUGAUGUUCAGAACCUGCAUCCAAACACAAGUGUGAUGCGGUCCUCCAGCGUAGAGGACUCACACAGUAGCGCCAGGACCAGAGUGGAGAGCACUUGUUCGGAUCAGAGCUUUCUGGCCAUCCCGGCAAUAAUCAGUAAUCAGCCCAAACGAGCAGCGCUAAUGUCAAACAAAAAAACUGUGAAUGAGGAACCAAGGUUGUUGGUGGCCAUGCCCGGCAGCGGGGGCUGUAAGAAGGGCAGCGUGCACUCUGAGUGUGAGCACUGUGGCCUGUGCCGCUGCUUGGAGUGCAGGCACCCGCGGGUGCUGCCCUCCUGCUGGUUGUGCGGCAGGCGUUGCUUGUGCUCUGCGCAGCAUGCGAUGGAGUAUUGCACAUGCGUGUGCUGCGUCAAGGGGCUGUUCUACCACUGCUCCAGCGAUGACGAGGACACAUGCACGGACAAGCCCUUCUCGUGCACGCAGUCGCACUGCUGCAUCCGCUGGGCCACCGUUUCACUGAUCGCCGUGAUCCUCCCGUGUCUUUUGUGCUACCUUCCAGCCAGAGGAUGUGUCACCAUGUGUCAGACCUGCUACGACCGAGCUACACGACCCGGCUGUCGGUGCAAGAAAGCGAUCCACUGUGAGGCUGCAUGCAAGCCAACGUGAAUGGUGUGUUUUGCGUCGGACUGAAUUCAGUUUUUUGUCCUGUAGUCACAGCGGAAUAACAGAACGACUGGCACCGUUGAUAAAAAGUCAUACUUGAAAGCAAAAGAAGCAACACCAAAACAAGUGCUCCCACUCAGACUAUUGUGACCUGCAGAUUGAUUUCACGCACGUGGCCACAUAUCAGUAUUGCCAGGUGUUGUAGCUAUACAUUUUUCUUUUCAGGAUUACACGAAACUUCCAUGAACGCAGGGCAAAAAAGAACCAGUUACUGUAUAUUUUGUGUUUUUAUUAACCUUUUUAGUGCAUAAGUCAUGAAUCUUCACGACAAGGUCUGAAAUUUGGUGCUGAUCCGAGUUUGGAUAGUCUGGCCAUGGCAGAGGUCUGCACUUUACCGGGUGCCAUUGUAGUUUAAUGUUGAAUUGGCUUAAAUGAUCGGAAUAAACUUCUAAUGACUAACUUUAUGUGCAGUAGAAAAGAUGCUUUAUUUUUGUACAUAGAAUAAUUCCAACUGUGAAUCGUUUUCUGGCCCCUGCCACCUAAUGCGGACCAGUGAACUGUAUUUACACGAUGAUGUGACAUUGACUGACUGGAACGUAGAUCUUAAUUCUCAGUUCAUAGUUAUCCUUCAGCUUGUACAACUGUACAGUGACCUAUAUAAAAACUUUAUUUUCUAAUUGCUACUUUUCUUAGUGCAAAUGUAAAAUUAUAUAUUUAUUUGGAUGUUUAUUAUUUUAUAAUACAAAGUAUUUAUUUUUGUGUCAAUGCUGGAGAAAUAGUUGACUGAAAAGACAAAUAUAUUAACGUUUGAAAUUAAACAUCCUUGAAGUCUGAUAGACUGUAGUUUUUAUUCUGCAGUGUCAAUUAAAGUGUUCCUCAACU